AUUGCAGCCGCCCCCUUAACUGCAGCUCUCAUCUCCAGCGGCUUCUUACCCUCCCAUCUUCUUAUUUUUAUUUUUUAUUUCCAUUGCACCCAUGAUGGUUGAUUGAUCUCUAUUUAUGUUGUCUUGAUCUAUUUCCUUCUUCUUCUUCUUCUUCUUCUUCUUCUUCAACUAUGUUUCUUAUUUAAAGAUCCAUUUUUUAUUUAAUGAGAUUCGUCAUUUCUGGUUCCAAAGAAACAAAAAUCAGAUCUCUGCCAUUCUUUAAUUUCCAGACCGGUUCAGCGGUUUUUGACGUUUUUUUGCACGCCGGUUUUUAAGCUCAUCCGGACCGGACUGGUGCCCGGUUGGACCGGACCGGUCCGGUUUUGACAAACCUUGGGGGCAACACAGUCAUUUUGAUAACAUAUUGGCAUUUACGUAACUUCUCAAGGGUAGUUAAGGAGAACAACCCCUAUAAAUACUCCGUCCCUUUGGCAUUCUUCUCUCUCCCUUGUCAGUUUCACAUUUUCGCCUAUCUCUCUCUCUUUUCUCUCCAUCUCUCUCCCAAUUCUCAUUUUUUCUUAAUUCUUCAAAAUAUUGCCAGAGUCCGGCAACACUUUCUCUCUCAUCACCCUCUCCUCCUGUAAAAUUUUCUUCACCCUAGCCACCACAUAGUUUUUUCCCACCAAAUUACAAUUUUACCCUCUAUAUUUUUUGCUGUUUACCCUUUUAGCCUCUCACUUUUUACCACAAGACUUUUCAGUUUUCACCGUGAUGAUAUAAACUUUACCGUUGGGCUAUUGUUUAUUUAUUUUGAAAUAAUAUUAUAUUAUUUUUGGCAUGGGUUGGUAGUGAUGUGGCAUGUGGAUAGAGAGCCAUGAAUACCAAAACGAUGCGUUUACCCCCUCGGCGUGUGUUGACACCUAGCACCAAAACAACAAGCAACAAGCGAAAAGAAAGAGAUGACACAAGCCUAUUUGAAAGGCCCAAGCCCAACAUACCCGGGCCCGGUUCAAAAUUACUUAAGCUGGAUAAACCGCUUUCAAAAACCGGUUCAGCGCCGAUGCCGUCCAAUCAGCUGCUAGCGGGCUACCUAGCCCACGAGUACCUAACCAAGGGGACGCUUUUGGGUCAGCAGUGGGUCCCAGGGAAGACGAAGGAGGAGGAUGACAGCGGAGAGGAAGGUGAAGCCGCGACGGAGACGCCGUGUCAGAGUACGGAGAUGAAGAAUCGGAAGGAGGAGAGAGAAAGGUACGUGGAAGUGACAGGGUUGUUAAAGGGUGGUGGGACCCACCUUCAAGGCGUUGUGAACCCCACCCAGCUUGCCCGUUUUCUACACUUGUGAUCUAACAGACAAUUGGAGGAGAUAGAAGGAGAGAGUACACGUGGAGUGAUCCCAUUGGCUCUCUCUUUCUUUGUUUUGUUUCCGUUUUAGAGAACAGAGAAAAUUGAAAUUUCUCCUUUUGUUUAAAUCUGAGACAGGAAAUCAGCUUUUUAUUUCUUUUUUUUCUUUUUUUUUUUAAUUUAUGAUGCAUGCAACUUGUAUGUAUCAUGUAUGUCAUCAUCAUCGCUCUCAUGAUGUAUCUGUUGUUGUUGUUUACAUGCAAAAUACAUGCGUUUUGUUCAACAAUUUUUAUCUAUUUUCCUUGAUUCGUUU